AUGGAAUUUUCUCGUCAACCUGGAUCGGUUAUAAGCCCCACUUUAUUCAAUCUAGCAAUAAACGAUAUUUGCUUUGAUCUCCUGCCUCCCAUCAAGUAUGCUUUAUAUGCAGACGACUUGUUUAUUUACUGUCCUGGCACGUCUACUCCUACUACAACUAAUCUAAUUCAGUCAGCAGUAAACACCCUAAGUAAAAAUAUAACUCGUUUAGGAUUAACUUUUUCACAAACAAAAUCCAGAAUUAUUAAAUUUAGUAGACGACCAUCUACAUUAUCUCCUACUAUCCUCAUUAACAAUGACCGCCUUCCUGUUGUUGAUCACUGUAAAAUACUUGGUCUAACAUUCGACUCUCGGCUCACCUGGAAACAACAUAUUCGAGAAAUCAAAGGCGAAUGCGGCAAAAGAUUAAACCUUAUUAAAAUCCUUUCGCAUUACCACUGGGGAGCAGACGAAAACUCCCUUAUCAAAAUUUAUAGGGCCAUCAUUCGCUCGAAAUUAGAUUAUGGCUGUCACAUAUAUAUCUCGGCCACAAAAUCUGAUCUCGAUCUCCUGAACUCGGUGCAUAAUACCACUUUACGCCUCUGUUUAGGUGCUUUUCGAUCUAGUCCUGCAGAAAGCAUUUACUGCGAAGCUAAUGAGCCCCCUCAUUGGAUCAGACGGCAGCAAAUUCUGCUUUCUUACGCAGCCUCCGUAUCGGCCAACCCCCUCAAUCCUGUCUACUCGCUUUUCACAUCAAAUUCUAACACGUUACACAACUCCUCAGCCUUGCCAUUAUUAAAACCUAUCCCUUUAAUUUUAUCCCAGCUGCUUGACGGCGUCAACCUCAAACAAACUAGCCCCCUUCCUAUCCCCUCUACUCCCCCAUGGACUAUCAACAUUCCUAAAUUCAACACAUCCCUUAUGAGAUACAAUAAGCAUGCAACACCCAAACAAUUAAUUAUAAAUGAUUUUAAUGACAUAAUAAUGAAUAACCACUAUGAUUUAGUGUUAUACACAGAUGCAUCCAAAAAUGAAAUAGGAGUAGGCUGCUCUGUUACAACGUCACAUAUUGCAAUAAAAUCUUCCCUUAUCCCAUCAACCUGUAACGUUCACACAGGUGAACUAUUCAGCAUUCUACAGGCCAUCAAUUCAAUCUCUCCACCUUAUAAGCUCGUCGCCAUAUGUACAGACUCACUUGCCUCUAUUUUAUCCAUCCAAAAUAUAUUUACCGAACAUCCUAUUGUCCAAUCAAUACAUGACUCCUACCAGCUUAUCUCAUCCCAAGGAAUAGCAGUUACUUUAAUUUGGAUACCUUCCCACAUUGGCAUCGAAGGCGACGAACUAGCAGACAAACAGGCAAAAAUUGCAGCUACAUAUACCGUCACCGACAAUGUAAUUAUUGGAAAGGAUUUAAAAUCACAGUUCAAAAGAAAAUCCAGAGUUACAUGGCAGCAGCAUUGGGACACUAUUAACACAUCCCUACGUCAAAUACAGCGUUCAAUUGGUAACCAACCUAAUAUCUUCGCUGGUCUCUCAAGGCAAGAUUAG